CCGAAAAUAUGACGUACCACCUUUCCUUCAGUACUUCCGUUUCCAGCCGCCGCAUUGUAGAUGUGUUUUUAAAAGUGAAUUAGUGUUUGUUUGAAGUAUUUAGCUUUACUGUUACUCAUAUGGUGUUUUUCUUAAAUACAGCGGAGAGAAAAUGAGCAACAUAUACCGGAAGCUCCAAGUGACCGUCACUCAACAGAGAUCCAUCUUGAAGCAGCUGUUAAGCAGAGCCACGCCUUCCAUCCAGCACCCUCUAUUGUGGGCUGCUUGUCUAAAUGAGAGACAGUACAAAGGCAUGCCGACACACGGGAUUGGACGGUGGAGGCAUCUGUUACCCAAACAGGCUCCCAAGAAAAAGAAAGACAGAAGCCAGCAGAGGCAGAUGGUUCCAGCUACCGAUACAUCAUACGGGACUCUAAACGUGCAGGUGUCUGGUUAUGACAUGACGGUGGUGGAGCAUUACUCUCAGUACAUCCAUAACCUCUGCAACCGGCUGGGAAUCCGUGUGGCUGAAAGUUAUGCUUUGCCAACCAAGAGCACAGAAGUAAUGCUAAUGCAGGAGCAAGGCAACAAGACGUACGUGGACGCUGUCCUGAAGACCCACCAACGAGUAGUCCAGUUUAGCAGUUUGGACGCCUACUUGUGUCCUGUCCUUGUGGACGUCCUUCUAAAGAACCAACCAGAAGGAGUUCAGCUUUCUGUGAAGGAGCACACUGAGGCAGAUUUCCAAGCACGCUUCAAGGCACGACCAGAGCUGGAGGGCCUCAUUGCUCAGAUCAACCAAUGACAUGUUACCAUAGCAACAACCACAGAAACCUCAAGCAACACUGUUUAAGAUCUAGCCACUAGGGGCACUGGACCUGUAACCUCCAUCUUUGGUGCCCCAGAAAGUAACCUGCAGCACUUCACUGUAGCUAAAUUAAACUCCCUCCCUUCUGGUUCUGAUUGUGAAUCACUGAUUUCCUCAUAUAGACAAGAUGUAAUUCACACCUUCUAGAUUAAAUCCACGCAGCUGCUGCUGGAGUUGGAAAAAUUGAACUUUUGCUGCCCGAUGCGCCACAUCAACCAAUCAGAGAAGCUGAUCUGGAAGCUGGCAGAGAGACAGACACAUCGCUGAUGAUACAGAUCACUAUGAUCACUCCUCUGAAACAGUUUAUUUACGCCUAAAUUAACUUAAAAUGCCGUAAUCUGCCAGCAAAACAUGCUCACUUUUAUUAUCCAGGUGUCUGCAGUUUGGAUUACGUACAUGAGAACCACCUUCCAGCUGCCACGGCAAACCACAAAGAGACAACCGGGCCAUAGGCUGCUGUUGAAUGGGAUUCUUACCGACAGCGCAACCGCCAGUAUGUGGAGGUCUGAGCUGCUCCGACAGCAAAAUAAUAUUUUAAUGCAGGAUGGUAAUCUGGAUGAAUUUACUGCACAGAUUAAGUUUUCAGGUGGACUUAAUCACUGAAAAACAUAUUAAAACUACGCAGAAAGGAUAGGGUAGCUCCUCCCAACGAGCAUCAGACCUACUUUUGUACCGCGCAGCUGGAGCAUCAGAACUAAACUUGUACAAACAUCAAAAAUGAAGCUGCAUGCGUGUUUUUGCUGCUCUUGCGUUCUGAACGUAGCAUUAGCAAGAUCCCCUCUAACUUUCAGCCACUGGAGUGACCCCCUCUUGCAUAUUCUUUUUUCUCUGACUCCACCAUUUCACGUAAUUACAGGGUCUGACCAGGAGAUUACGUUUAUCUUUUGAUCUUAAUGUCCACAAAUAAUGACAGAAAAUUUUAGUACAAAGAUUGAUGUUUAAAUAGGAAUUGUAGGGGACCAGCCAUGGACAAACCAAGGGCCCAUCAAGGAAAGUGGGGAAAUUUUGAAUGGCUACUACUGUAACGUAUCUCAAGUUCAGCUAAUGCCUUGUUCAAACAGAUCAGUGUUGUUUGUUUUAUUAAUUGGUCACUUUAGAUGUUGAUGUGACACUCAGAAACAAGCUGUUUGUAGACUUUUUCCUUGUCACUGUCCAAUUGGAAUGAUUUCCUGUAGAGCACACUUGGGGUUAAACGCGUAACCAAAGGGCACAUCGACAUGUGGCAGAAGGUGGCUGGAAACAAACCUACAGCUUUUAGAUGACAAAGAUGACUACAUGAUCAGUGGCGGCUCCUGCCAAAUGUAUCAGGGGGACAAAUAGUUGAGGUGAUAGCUAAAGUGACCCAUCUAAUGGGUAAAUUGACAGCUACGUAAACCCUGUUUACCAUCAGUGAUGGUAUUUGUGAGUUUGGUCUUACAAUUAACAUUUCACACUUUUUGAUCUAAAGUCACCUCUUUUAG